AUGAAAUCAAAACAACAUAAAAAUGGAGAAGCAUCAAAAUGGACACAAUUACACCCUCCAAUUGAAGAUAUUAAAGAUGAAAUUUCAAUCACUAAUAGACGUUUAAAAUUUGCAAAAACUCUUGAAUAUAUGAAAGAAUAUGGAAUAGAUAAUGUCAGAGGUGGACCACAUUACGAACUUGUAUUUAAUUCUGAAAUAAUAAAUAUAAUUAAAAGACAAAUGGAUGGGUUUCGAGAUUCUACGAAUUUUAUUGCAGCUGCAGUUGAAAUUGAAAUUGAAGCCAGAGUUGCAGCCGCAGAGCGCUACCCCAAAAAUGAUUUUGAUAUUUAUAAUAAAAACAAGGAUUGUUUAAUGUUACAACUUAUAAUUUACACACUUCCCUCACCUCCGUUGGUAAAGAGAGCUUUUGCGCCAUGUGAUGGCACCUUUCCAAUUGCCUUUAGUAAAUUUGAAUAUCUCCCUGAUCCAAUUAUUGUAGGCAGCCCUGUUACCGUAACCGUUGAAGGCGUGAGCACAAUCACCAUAGAUCCACAGACUAUACUUCGAUAUAACCUUACUUUUGAAGCAAAUCAGUUUAGUUUCGACGCUCCUUUUUGUAAAUUAUUCAACCUAGCAUGUCCAUUGGCACCUGGACCUUUCUCAUAUACAAAUACCACUAACAUUCCAACCGCUCCUGGUAGCUCGGGCAAAACUGUUAUAAUUGAUGAGAUUUUAAACGUUAUUGCUCCUGAUAAUGUAACUACAAUAGGGUGUGUGCAAGGAAGCGUGACUGUCGUUUUUCCUUAA